AUGUCGUUUGGGUUGAUUUUUGAGAAUCAAUUUCCAUUUAGCAAAGAUCAGGUGAGAAUUUUGCUAUUUCGAGAAUGUGAUUGGCGUGGGAGACGUUUGUUAUUUGACUCAUCUGCCAUUGAAGUUCUGACAUCAACUCAACAAGCACAACAUGUCGCACUCAACGUCAAUAAACCAUCACCAUUGAAAUUGGAUAAGAAUCACGUGGAGUUUUGUGAUGGAAAGGCUUACAAAUACAGUCGUCCGAAUCCCGACUUUAAGACUUACGGUGAGAUGAUGUUCGGAUCUGUUGCGAUAGCCUUUCGUGGAACUUCUUUCCAAGUUCAUUGGCUUCAACCACCCGCUCGAAUUUUGUGUUCACAAGUAUUUCUUGCGCCUGUUCAACCAUACUCAUCAACUUCUUCAUCUUCCACAAACACGCACUCGUCAUCAAGCAACGCACAAGUCUCGUCGAACUACAUGUCCGAUUAUAUCAGUGACAUUAGUAGUUCAAUAUCUGAGACAAAUUCGUUGAAUUCCUUCUCAGAUAGCGCUCAGAAUAUUUCGUUACGAACGAAUCCAUUAGACGUUCCUACAACGCUGUCCCUCGAUAAUGAUGACUUCAGAUUCAUCUCACAAAGCAUGGGCGAUGGAAGUUCGGGUUACAACAGUUCAGAACCGUACCAAAAUCGAUAUUCGUCAGCUCGCUCUAGUCUCGCUUCAAUUUAUAGUGACAUUGACAAUCUAAGCAGAAAAAUGAGCAUUGAUUCGUCGUCUGAUUUUGCCAGUUGCGAAUAUGGUCGCUUCAAUCGUCGCAUCAUGAAAAAUCUUUCAACCUCAUUUGAGAAUGUUUCGACUAUAACAGAAAACUUAUCGAUAAUUGACAAUAAUUAUUACACAGUGACUGGAGCUUCGAAUUUCGUAGGUGUAAGUGAUGGUUGCGUAUCAAAGCUGAGAAGAAAUAGUGAAGUUGUUGACCGAAGGAAAACAAAUAGCGGCGAUGCAUUGUCAUCAAACUCAUCAACACUUCAUCAUCGCACGAAGCGACCUCGCUUGGCAAUUGCAGUUUGCAUAACAAUGACUGAAUGUAUGGAACAAGAAAUGCAAUGCUUUUGUGCUGAACAUAUGGCAUUGCUUGAAUCAAUGCUUUAUCGACUUCGAUCGUCAAUUGAAAGUGCAUACAUCAAUCGACAAAAUUUUGUACCUUUAAUGAUUAAAACAUGGCACAACGCAUCACAAUGGUUGGUAGAUUUAUUCUCAGCACCACGCUUAACAUCUCCAAUGUGGUUGAUUUUAAGCACAAGUGUCAAGAGUCCAACAGUAUUAGUCAACACAUUUAUACAAGACUUGAUGUCAUUAAUCAACACUGCCGAUACCAAAGAUUCAAACUUCUUCAUAAGCACGCUUGUGACUGCUGUUCUUACACAUCAUCUUGGAUGGGUUGGAACUGUUGCACCAUUAGUGACUUCAAAUAUUCGAGAUAAUCUCAUGAAAACUGGAAAUGUGAAUCCAGUUUUGAAUAAACUUUUACAGGAAGAGAAUUUUAAGCUUUCGGAACUUUCAAAAGUUUAUCCUUACAAUGCUUUGUGGGCGCAACUUGGCGAACUUUAUGGUGCGAUAACAAAUCCAGUUAAAUUGAGUAAAACUGUCAUUUGUGGGAGUGAAGCAUCCUCAAAAACCAUCGAUAAGCUUCUAAAUGUGUUAACAUAUUUCAUCAGAUGUUGUGAGAUUCGUAGAAAUUCUUAUACGAAGAUUUUUGAUCGUGACGAGAUUAACAAGACCGUCAAUCAACAAAUGAACAUGCGUCAAGAUAAUCAAACUUCAAAUAAAAGCAAUAAUUUAAUUCGUGUGAGAAAAACGAAUGGAUUUGCUAGGACGGCAACAAAAGUCAAAGAUUUAAGUACCAUGGGACGAGAGAUUGAAGACGAAACGAAGACACUUCAAUUGCCUGAAAACAUUUCUGAAGCCGAUGCCGAGACUUACCGUUUGCUACUGAAAAUUUUAAAGAAAAAUGUCAUGAAUGAUAUUCCGAAAGUGUUGGCAUUUCGGGAUUCCCGUUUUGUCAAACAAGAAUUGAGAAUUGGUAACAAGAGCAUGGACACUGGAAUUGAAAUGACAGCUAAAGAUAAACAAUUUCUCAGUAAAUAUCAGAAGAAUCUUAUGGGCGAUCAUAUUAAAUUCACAGUGACACGACCAGAUGGCGAUGGAACUGUGGAACUGAUUGAUCUUGAUGACGAUUCAGAUUUCAAUAAUCAAUUAGAUAAUUUUGUCAAUUUAUCUGAUUUGAUUACAGCAAAUUCACUCGGCGGCACUCAAUCAGUGAUGAAAUUGUUUUGGGGAAAAGAAUCACACAAAGAGAGUCUUAAUCUUGAACAAGUCAAACAUUUAGAACGAAUGACAGCAAAACAUCAACAAAUGCAAGAAGAAGCAAAUGAAAAAUUGAAAACAAUUCCAGAGACUGAUGAUGGAAAAAAUGGAGUUGUGUUUGUAAUUGGUGACAGCGAUAAACUUGUAGGGCUUAAAAUGAGUCCAUCAAUGCAAACAAUCAAGAAUUUUAAUGAUGAUGGAUUGGAAAAUGAAACUUCUGAUACUGGAACCAUUAAAAAGACUUGCAAACAUCAUAAAAAGCAUUUGGGGGUGAAAUUUAAGUUCGAGAAGUAUCCACAAAUUGCUACAAGUUACAUGAAACGCAAAAACCUUGAAUUUCGUGACUAUGAAGUGUUGGAAAAAGGUUUAAAGCUGAAUAAUGGGCCAAGCACUAGCACAACACUUCGCUCUGAUUUCCCAUCAACUGCCACUCUUCAAUCGUUCGAUGAAACUGACUCUGAAGAUGAAUGUGAGAAUUGCAGAAAUGGAAACGAAGUUCACUAUCUUCAAACUCCUUCAAAUGCCACCGAUCUUGAAUUUUCAUGCGAUCAAAUGACUGAUAAUAAUUUGUUGCCACUAAAUUCAAGAAAUUUGAAUGAACUCAACACAACUGCACACUUUCAAAGUCUUCAAACUUUAGAUGAAGAUUCCGAGUUGAAGUCUGCUGAUGACAGCACAAAGCUUAUUGAAAUUCCAAUGUUGGAAAGUGUUCGGACGCCGUCGGUGAAAGAUGAGAUUGUCAAGCCAGGAUUUUCAACUUCACUUUUCACAGCAACUUCCGAUCAUUACAUCGCUGAUAUGGUGCUUCAGGAAUUUUCACAGGGAAUAACAUCACCACCUUCAAAAUGGGAACUUCAAUUGAAACACGACCUCACCGUCUCAUCACAUUGCGCGGUUCUUGAACAUUCACAAGCUGAAAAUAUUGCAAUUGUUGCAAACAUCGACAAAUGGGAUGUUCGUUUAGUUUCAUCAAACAACAAUCUUUUACCGUCUAAUAACACAGCAAAUGGAAUUGUUGGAAUGUCUCAACUUAUCGCCACGAUGCUUGAAACUGUUCAAGCUUUGUACAAUUCAGGAGCAUCAGAAUUUCAAUGUCUUUCAUUCAUUGAAUCAAAAUUACGUGAAAUUUAUCUUCAUUCCGAGACCCUCGCGACAUUUCUUCUCGAUACUGAAUUUUGUUCUUUAAAUACUUUAACAACAGCCCUCAACUUGUCGGUCAAUGAUAUUCCACUCUUGAUGUCAGUUGCUUCCAUUCACUCUCCAAUGAUCGCAAAAAAGUAUGGAAUCACUUUUCGAUGA